AUGUGGGGUCUCUUAGGCCACCUGAGUAGCCCAUCUAGCCACAUCCCAGGACGCGGGGGCUCCAGACGAUUGAGCGACGUCUAUGUCCAGGGAGCCAACAGGUUCGUUCCAGGCUCCUCAGCUCCCUGGGUGACUUCUGGCUGCCUGAGCAGCCAAGAGGGUGCAGGAAGUACUUCAGGGAUCCGAGAGGCUGAGAGGUUUGGGACCCCCCCAGGAAGGGCUUCCAGCAUCACUCGGCAGGGGAAGGAGGAGACCAGCAGCAGCGUCAAGUAUAAGACUGGCCGGUUGCCACUAGGGAAGAUCGGAAGGGGGUUCAGCAGCAAAGACCUUGACUUCCAUGAUGACUAUGGCUCUCUCAGAAAUGAAGACUGCUUUGAUGAUGACCCUCAAGAUAGACCCGAUCAGUGUCGUCUAGAAAACUACAGUGGACUUGAGGUCACCAAUGUGUAAAGAAUGGCUUUAUUCCCACCAGUCUCAUGGCCAAGGAAAAAAAUCAAAGGGGGAAGGAAGAAGCUCAUGAAGAACCCACCCAAUUGGGUGCACGUAGAAACUUUGAGCUAAGUGACAACAUGGUGCUGUCACCUUGUUAGCCAAGGGACACUCCCCA